AUGGCGUUAGCUGGGACAAAUGUUAGUUUGUCCCAGCCGGAUAUAACGCAAAAACUGACGGAGCGCAUAGACGACCUGAAGCAAAGAAUCGCUGCUUGGGGAAAGCGGAUUCGGCGAUAUACCGAGAGGUCGACACGGUUCAACCAGAAUCGUCUCUUCCAGAGUGAUCAGAAGAGGCUCUACAAAUCAUUGGAGCGACCAAUAGUAAGUGGAACGGGCCCAGCACCAAAUCAGGCCGACACGGUCGCAUUCUGGCGCAGCCUGUGGUCAGAGCCCGUAAACCACAACGAGGGCCCUUGGACGGAAGUUGUGGUGAGUCAGUGUGCGGGUAUUACGCCCAUGGAUCCCGUCACCAUAACGCCGGAUGACGUAGCUGAGGCGGUCCGUAGGGCCCCGAACUGGAAAAGUCCGGGGCUUGACGGGCUGCAUCACUACUGGCUGAAGGGGUUCAUGGUGUGUCACGCUGUGCUCGCCCGACAGUUUCAAGAGGCUCUCAACCAGAAGUCGCUCCCAAGCCUCUUCACUACUGGGAUCACUCAUUUGGUUCCUAAAGAUCAGGGUGCCACAGACCCGAGCAAAUACCACCCCAUCACACCGGAGUGUGAAAAUAUGGACGAAUUUAAAAGUUGGCUAAAAUCGGCAAGUAGAGACUCAAGCAUAGCAUUUUGUAAAUAUUGUUCUACGGAGAUUCUUGCUAAACUCUUUGAUAUAAAGAAGCAUACUGAGACUAAAAAGCAUAAACAGAAAGUAGAGUUGAAAACAGACUCCGAAAUUUUAAAUGCAAUACGACAACGCUGCUCCACCUUUUUACUGCAAUUACUUAAGGAAUUGCAGCAAAGGCUUCCAGACAACUACAAGCAGCUAGAAUCAAUGGCGUUGCUAAGUCCAGAGGAGGCAAUAAAGCCAAUCAAAUCAAAUACUAUCGUCGACGUUGCUGAAAUUUUGGGAUUUACACCAGAAAUAACAACAGAGAGAAAUAGCAAUAGUGGCACAUUCUACAUAUAA